AUGAUACCUCCGGAAGAGGUAUCCGCCGGAACUACAGUAGCCAGUCCACCGGGGACUGACGAUGGUGAGGAGGAUGCUACCGAAGCUCCAGAAGCCCCGACGCCGGCAGCUGGGGGCGGCGGUGGAGAAGAGAUCCCCGCUGGCACGUGUAACGUGCAGUUAUCGAAUUCGAUCAUUGGAACGAAUCCAUCACCAGUGGAUUUUAAUGGAAACAUGAACAUCGUCGAUGUGCCAAACCCUACUAUCAAAUGCGCCAAAGUCAAUGGGGGCACGUGUAACACGUGGGGUAUUACGAAUUACGUGUUGGAAGGCGGUGACGGUCAGGGGACUCAGCUCCUGAUGAGUGCUUCUAACACAAACCAGAUCUCAAUCAGUUUGACGUGUACAGCGGAUGGAUACGCGUGGGAAGGAGUGUUGCCGGGAGAGACGCAGGUUACUAGAGUAACUGGAAUCAACGCCCUUCAAUGUGAUAUCACUUGCUGA